AGUGUUUAAAGUCCAUCAGAGAGGGGAGUAUACAUGCCCUGUACUCGAAACAACCCAGCCCCAUUUCCACCUCACUACAUGUCUGUACAUUAGAGUUUCAGGAGCCUGGAUUUGUUUGGUCUGACUGCAAGAUGAAGCAAGUUGUCAAGACAGUGGUUCUGUGCCUGGCCCUGAGUCUAGGAAGAUGCAAUGAAGAAGUAACCCCAGACAACUCAGUCAACCAAGCUGCCCCAGAGGACUCAUCCUCAGCAGACUGGGGCAUUGGGACCAUCCGAGAUGGCUUUGAAACCGUUAAUGGCUAUUUUGACUCUUUUUUAGAGCUGCUAGGAGGAAAAAAUGGGGUUUGUCAGUACCGAUGUAGAUAUGGGAAGGCUCCAAUGCCCAGACCGAACUACAAGCCACAAGAGCCCAAUGGCUGCAGCUCCUACUUCCUUGGUCUCAAGGUACCAGAAAGUUUGGAUUUAGGUAUCCCUGCCAUGACUAAGUGCUGUAACCAGCUGGAUGUUUGUUAUGACACUUGUGGAGCGAACAAAUACCGCUGUGAUGCUAAGUUCCGCUGGUGCCUCCACUCCAUCUGCUCAGAUCUCAAACGGAGCCUUGGUUUUGUCUCCAAGGUUGAAGCUUGUGAAUCUGUAGCAGAUACAGUGUUUAACACUGUCUGGACUCUGGGCUGCCGACCCUUCAUGAACAGCCAAAGAAGCGCCUGCAUUUGUAAUGAGGAAGAAAAAGAGGAACUUUGAAGAGCAGAGACCUCUGGCCAGAGAUAACCUCAUGCAUCCCCUCUAUGAUGCAGCUCUUUAGCAAGCCAUUUUCCAUCAGCCCUCUGAAAUGGAGAAGUUAUGAUAGUAUGGGGCAGGAGGAGCAGAUUUUUGCACUGUGUAUAAUGCAUCAGUUACAGCUUUGGGGUGGAGGGGUGCAGUCAGAGGCAGUGACAGCUACUGCCUACCUCAGAUCCAAUCUAACAGCCCCAUCUCUUUCCAGGUGUAUCAUUGUGGGUUAUUUUAAAGCUAAUUUUCUAUUGAGACCGAUUAAGAUGAGCAAACAGAAUGCAAUGCAGACAGUAAUAAGUAGUUUCUGCAGCAGAUAUACAUGUGUAUAACAACUUCAUCUCCCAGAAUCACUGAUACACCCUGCAAAACAAGUUUUCCCACUAGCCAUCAAAGUUCCAGUCACUAGAUACAUCUUUUAAAUAAAUUAUUCAAAUACAUGAGAUGGGCUGAGCCACAAUAUCGGGGGGGCGGGGUGGAAAAAUUCAUCCCAUUCUGGGGUUUUGGUUCAGACCCGUUAUUUACACACAUACAAACUACCCCGCUUAUCUGAAAUAUUUAGAGCCUCCCCAAACUGUUCAGAUAACCAAGGAUUUUUGUUUGCUAAGAGAAUGAUUUAUGGCUUGGGACAUGGCCAAAUAUUAGCCAAGAGGAUUUUGAGUAGUUCCAAUACACGUGUGCACACAAAAGGUAGACUGGGACAAAGACCAUCCACACUAUACACUCUGAUACACAUAUAGGACUUUGCCCAUAAUUUCCACAGCAGAGGAAUAAGCUUUCCCCUCCACCCCGCAAUUCCAUUCAGCUGUACCUGUUUAUUUUCCUGCUUCAUAAUUUAAAACCAAAGGGAAAAAUUACAUUAGUCUCCAGUAAGCACCUUCAGCAGUGUCCUUUUAAGGGGAGGGGGAAUUUACAGGAGGCAAAGAGUUGGAUUUGAUGGGACUUUGGGAAAUCUUCAGGCAUCCUUGUAGAAUGGUACUGUACAGGCUACGUUUGGUAAGGCAGGGCUUGGUUUCACCCCUCUCCUUUGGAUAGGGACAUGGCUAACUUAAAGAGAUGAACAAUCCCAGAGAAUUUAUUUUUUCAAACUUGUUUACGAUCUAAAUAUGUUAAAGGAUUCUCUUAUAGACUUUAAAAACUCCCCCCAGGAAAUUUUGUUGGGGUUUGUUGUUGCAGCUGCUGCAAGGGAGUUUCUACCAAGCUGUCAGAUUUCAGAGUAGCAGCCGUAUUAGUCUGUAUCUGCAAAAAGAAAAGGAGAACUUGUGACACCUUAGAGACUAACAAAUUUAUUUGAGCAUAAGCUUUCGUGAGCUACAGCCCACUUCA